AGGUCUACUGAAACAUUUUAUUGAUUCAAAAACAGGUUAUGAAAUUUGGAAACCAGAGUCAAAUCAGCUUAAUAGCAGAAGAUGUAGGUGGUGCGGUUGGAGCAGCUGGACCUGAAGCGCAGAUUGAGCUUUUUGAUGCUUUAAUUGAAGGAUGCAAAGAAGCAGUUGAGCUUGGAAAUCCAGAUCCAAAGGGGCCUCUGUUAGACUUUUUUGGUGUCCCUGUGAAGGCAAAUGAACUACUAAAACGUGUUCAAGAACUUCAACUUCUAGCAAGACGGAUUAGUCGUUAUGAAGAUCCUGUUGCACAGUUCCGGGUAUUGAUGUACCUUAAGCCUUCAAAUUGGUCCAAAGGCUGUGGCUGGAAUCAGGUUGAUGAUGCAAGACUGCUUCUGGGAAUACAUCAUUAUGGGUUUGGGAACUGGGAAAAGAUAAGGUUAGAUGAAAGACUUGGCCUCGGAAAGAAGAUUGCUCCUGUUGAACUACAACAUCAUGAGACAUUUUUACCUCGUGCGCCAAAUUUGAAGGAACGUGCUAACUCACUUCUCGAGAUGGAACUUACAGCUAUUGGUGGGAGGAAUGUCAAUGCUAAAGUGGGUCGUAAGAUUUCCAAAAAAGAGAGGGAAAAUCUCAUGAACAUGUCAAUGCCUCAGAACAGGGACAAGAAAGGAAAAGCUGGUUCCUCUAAGGUCAACUUAAAAAUUACUAGGAACAGGCCUCAGAGACAUCAUAAAGUGGAACCUUUAAUAAAAGAGGAGGGUGAGAUGUCAGACAAUGAGGAAAUGUAUGAACAGUUUAGGGAAGUAAAAUGGAUGGAGUGGUGCGAAGAUGUAAUGGUUAGUGAGGUUAAAACCCUUAAACGUCUUAGUAGGUUACAAACUACUAGUGCUGAUCUACCGAAGGAAAAGGUGCUUUCCAAAAUUCGAAAUUAUUUGCAGCUUCUCGGGCGAAGGAUAGAUCAAAUUGUCUUGGAAUAUGACGAGGAGCUUUAUAAACAUGAUAGAAUGGCCAUGCGAUUGUGGAACUAUGUUUCCACUUUCUCUAAUCUUUCUGGGGAGCGACUCCGGCAGAUUUAUUCCAAACUUAAGCAGGAGCAGGAUGAUGAUGGAGGGGUUGGACCUUCACAUGUUAAUGGCUCUGCGUCUGGUCCCAUUGACAGAGAUAGUGAUCACAAUCACAUUUCUCCGUUUCCUCGCCAUUUUGAGAGGCAAAGAGGGUACAAAAAUGCAAGUUCACAUCAAGUGUCAGGACCCCACAAGGGUAUUGAUCAAGGGAAGUUUGAAGCAUGGAAACGGAGAAGAAGAGCUGAAGGCGAUAUUCAUCCCUCAGUUCCACCCUCGUCUCAAAGGCCUUUGGGUGAUCCUGCCCGUUUAACUGACCCAAAUUCACUAGGAAUUCUUGGGGCAGGACCUUCUGACAGCAGGCGGUUUGUUAAUCAGAGACCUUUCCGAAUGCGUCAGGCUGGUUUACCUCCCAGAUAAGAUUUCUUGUCAGGUAUCGGAUAGUCUUUUUCUGAUAAAUGGGAUGGUAAUGGCUGAUCGAAAAGUGGUGCCAAUUGACUUCUGCCUUGUGGCAUUUACUAAUCCAGCCAGUGAAUAGUCUGAAAUUCUUUUUGCACCAUGAGAAUAAGAAUUUGCAGAUUCCAAUCUGGUUGGGAUGGCUGAUUUGAAGUUAUCAACCGGAUUGUGCCUGCAUCCUUGUAAAAAAAGCUGGCUGAGGAAGAAAGCCGAAACAACUGCAAGACAGGUUCUUGCAACAGUUCUUUUUCUUUUAGAAAUUGAGUCAAGUUAUUUGUUUACGUAUAUAGUGAAAAGUAGUAGGGAAAAGUUGGGAAAAAUCAUUUUCUCAUUCAUCCAAAAUAUAAAUGCCCGAGCGGGACAUUUAUGUAUUAUGCCAUAGGAAAAAUGUACAUUAUCAGUUUUGCAAAAAAAUUUUGAACUUUUAUUUUCUCACAGCUAGUUGUGUUUGCCCAUAGGUAAUACAUAGGUUAUUGAUAGAGCAUCUUCUGUUGCUAGGGUGGCAUUGAGACUGGGCCAAUACUUUUUGUUCAGUUUCUCUCAUUGCCAUAUUUGGGGUUUAAACACGAACCAUUUAUGGGUAUACGGACCAUUUAUGUGGAAGUGGCUGAAGUAAUCAGGUGUUUGGUGCCUCAAAACAUAUUAGAAUGAAUGCGUUUGUUGUCAUU